AUGAUCUAUUUCUACAUUUACUACAGAAGACUAAUAGCAAUAUCUAGAGCAGUUGGUACUUUCGAAGAAACAUGCUCAUUAACCAAAAUAAGAAAUCAUUUGAUGGCACUCUUCAUUUUUAUGAUUGUAUCAAACGUCAUUAAGCUUUUGCCUUAAUUCGACUUCAUAUUUGAAUUCGCUUUUAAUAAAGAAUACAUCGAGGAUAAUAGAGAAAGCAUGCUUUUCAUUACAAAUAUCUUAGUGACAAUAUCUGACACUAUGGUUAUAAUUGCAUUAUCUUAAUCAAUUAAGUGGUCAAUAUUGAUGCAGAGAAAUUACAUAUUUACUAAAAGAUAGAAUUCAAUUGGAGAUUGCUCUACUUCUAAUCUUGAUGAAUCUAUUGACAAUGAAAAUCAUGAUGUUCAGGCUGUUAUAUAAAGAGAAAAUAGUGUCAAGUUCUAUUAAUAAAAUAAGCAAUAGAAACAAAUUGACAUGAUAAACACUCCUAAUAGCUCUUUACUUGAGCAACAUUCAGUAGAUUAUUAUGCUUUCAAUCACCCAAAUCAAAUUAAAUGA